AUGGUAAACACACCAGGAUGCCACAUACCAAUAGCUAUGGUCGAUUAUGAGAAACACGUUAGUAACACUACAAAUAACAAGAACGAAAUGUGUGGUAAACGAGCCGUAUUUAUACGAAAAUAUGACAAGGAUAAAGUAAUAGCUCGAAUUAAAUCUGCAGUUCUGAAGAAAUAUUCCAAGCUUAAAAUACAUAGUGUACAUACUCAGUGUUGUUACAAGUUUAUUAUUGACACUGUCUAUUAUGUCCGGCCAAUUUUAGUGUACAGCAAUUGCACAGAUUUCAGAGACGAGGAAAUCAUAACUUUGAAAUCUGAUUUCAUAAAUGUUAUGUGCUACGAGCUUGAUAUAAACGGUACGUCACAUGUGAUCUACGAAGACGUAUACGCUUUCACUAAGAAAAUUGAAUAUUCCAAACCCAAUGAGAAAAAUUGUAGGAUCAAAUUCAAUGUUCUCAUACUGGGAAUGGAUGCGAUGUCAUUGCCUCGAGUCGUGAAAACUAUGCCAAGAACAAUAGCUUACUUGAAAGACGAUAACUGGCUCGGAUUUAGGGGAUAUCACAAGAUUGGGGAUAAUUCCUUGCCGAACAUAUUGGCACUAUUGACGGGAAAAAAUAUGACUUCAAUCAUAGAACAAUGUUUUGCAUCAAUGGAUGACUGUAACUACCUUUUAAUUUGGAGUGCAUUUAAGGACGCUGGUUACGUAACAGCCUAUGGGGAAGAAAACCUAAAAUUAGCGAACACAUUCACUAAAGAGUACAAAUUUCUUAAGAAUCCUACCGAUCACUACAUGCAACCGUUUUAUCUAACAGAUGAACGAAAUCCCAGAAACAGAUCAUUAUGCACUGGAAAAAUAUCGUCGGGACAACAACUCUUAGAUUAUGCUAGAGAUUUCGCUAGUACCUAUAGGAGAGAUUCAUUCUUUGGUUUCUUUUGGUUAAAUUCGUUUAGUUACGACGAGAAAAGUCGACCAGAAGACGCAGACAAACUAAUUGAGAAUUUCUUGAAUCAAUUAACUUACACCGGUAUUAUGACGAAUACUUUUGUAAUCUUUUUAAGUGACCAUGGUCUCCGCUUUGGUAGGAGUCGUCUUAAAGCAGAAAGUUACUACGACGAUCGUAUGCCUAUGAAUUUUAUGUGGGUGCCAUUACUUUUUAAAGGAAAGCAUCCUUAUGAACUCAGAGCAAUGGCGAUAAACCAGUACAAGCUAGCAACACCUUACGAUUUUUAUAGUACCCUCCAAGAUAUCAAGAAAAUAUCUUUGUGUAGCAAUUCUACUGACCCAGCACCUGAAGGGUGCCCGAAUUGCCACUCCUUGUUUGAAGUUAUUGACAGUAAUCGUACAUGCCAGGACGCGGCCAUCAACGAGAAGUGGUGUAGCUGCCAUAAGCUAUUCCCCUUACCUAUUCAAGAUCCUAUAGGAAUAAAAAGUGUAAACGCGGUCGUGAGUUACAUGAAAAGUAUGGCGAUGACAAUCGAGACACAAAAAUGUUGGAGUUGUGCACUUCCUUCUUUAAAAAAAGUUGAACGAAUAAAUUUUUAUUACGAUGAAGGUAAAGUAAACAUUUAUUAUGUUGUGGCACUCACUAUAUCACCAGGUAACGGAACAUACGAAGCAACUGUGUUGCGGAAAAAUGGAUACACUGUUAUUGGGCCACUUAGCUUUAUCUCAUACUAUAGAGGUUUAGGAAAAUGUGCAUUAAAUCGCAGAGAUCGCCUGUUCUGUGUCUGUCAGGAACAACAAUGCUAAUACUUCGAAACUUGCUACACUCACUCCUAUACUCUGUUUCAGUGAGAGAAGAAUUGAUAUUCCUUGGUUGUUGAUAAAUCAAUGUAUUUUA